CGUCAGUACUUCCUGUUAUUGGACGCGCUGCUAACGUAGAAACAUGUUGUGAUAGUUUGUUAACUUCACUUUAAAUUCACUUUAACUUCAGACUUUAUUUAUUUAUUCGUGUGUUGUCGGUAACGAUAUGCCUCUGUCGGACCGGUCCAGCUCAGACGGCGGCGGGCCGACUCGCAGUCCUCGGGCCCGGAGGCCGCGGACCCGCAGCCGCAGCGACAGCCGGGACAAGAGCCUCUCCCCGGACAGCUUCGGACCAAAGCUGCCGAAGCCCCGCAACCGGGAGCGGGAGCGAGAGGAGCGGGAGCACCGGUUCCGAGAGGCGAGGAACAUCAGACGGAUCCGCAUCGGAAGCCCACACCGGAGCCGCUCCCGAUCCAGAGACCGACACAACAAUAACAACAACAGCAGCAACUGGUCCGAGCAGCGGGAGCCGGUCGGGAAUCGCCGGGAUGAGUACUACUACGAGCAGCAGAGAGACGACGCUCAGCGGCAGAGACAGGAGGCUUUUAUCGCCAGGCGCCUGCAAGAGCGAGAGAGGAUCGGUGAGUUAGGCUGUCCUGAAGUGUGGGGAUAUUCACCGCGAGUAAAGGAACCAGACUCUGAUGAAUUCACUCCUGUAGAAGACGAGAAAAACAGCAGCUCAGACUCAAACUCAGAAGGAGAAAAGAAGAAGAAAAAAAAGAAGAAAAAGAAAUCCAAGAAAAAAAAGAACAAGAAGCAUUCAGAAGACAGCGAGCUGGAAUCAGAGUCAGAUGAGGAAGAAGUGAAGAAGAAGAAAAAGAAAAAGAAGAGCAAAAAGUCGAAGAAGUCCAAGAAGAAGAAGGCGAAGAAGAGCCGUAAGGAGUCGAGUGACUCCAGCAGUGAAGAGUCUGAGGAAGAGGAGGAGGAGGAAGAGGAUCCUAGCAGCGUGUUGUGGGUGGAGAAAACCUGCAUUGAUGAUCACCUGGUGGGACCUGAAGCUCCGCUCACCCAUAUGUCCCAGGACGACAGGCCUCUGGACUUUGGUCACGCUCUGUUGCCAGGUGAAGGUGCGGCCAUGGCUGAGUACGUGAAAGCAGGCAAACGUAUCCCGAGAAGAGGAGAGAUCGGUCUCACCAGUGACGAGAUCGCAAACUUCGAGAAGUCUGGUUAUGUGAUGAGCGGCAGCAGACAUCGUCGUAUGGAGGCCGUGCGUCUGAGAAAGGAAAACCAGAUCUACAGCGCGGAUGAAAAGAGAGCGCUGGCCUCCUUCAACCAGGAGGAGAGGAGGAAGAGGGAGAGCAAGAUCCUGUCCAGCUUCAGGGAAAUGGUGUACAGAAAAACCAAAGGCAAGGAGGAGAAGUGAACCUCACAUCCAGUUUUCACUCAUUAUCCCGUCAGACACCUUUACUCUUUUUUUGGGACCCGGGGUGUUUUAUUUUGUUCAAUUUUAGAGUAAUGUGCAGCGAGCAGGGAGGAUUUUUAUAUUCUAAUUGUAAAGAAAUGUGUAAAGAUGAGACUUAAAAGUUUUGUUUUGCUUCAUUAUAACUCACUGAAACUAGUAUUUUUUCAUGGUUAAUCCUCUGGUAAAUUUUUACAUGUAUUCCUGAACGGAAUGCUUAAUAAAUUUUGUUGUUUGU